AUGUCCGCUGAAGACGCCAAGCCCAAAACCGAAGAGACCUCGGCCUCCUCUGGUGUGCCAACCUCGAACGUAUUUUCGAUGUUUGGUGCCAAGAAGGAAAAGAAGGAGGAGAAGGAAGAGCUGAAGGAAGAAGAAAAGAAGGAAGAGAAGAAGGAAGAAAAGAAGAAAGAUGACGAAGAUGGCGAAGGUGCUGACGAGGAAGAGGCUGACGUUCACUUCGAGCCUCUUGUACACUUGGAAAAGGUUGACGUGAAGACCAACGAAGAGGACGAGGACGUACUUUUCAAAGUGCGUGCUAAGUUGUUCAGAUUUCACGCUGACACGAAAGAGUGGAAAGAAAGAGGCACCGGUGACGUGAAGUUCUUGAAGCACAAGACCACCGGUAAGACCAGAAUUGUCAUGAGAAGAGACAAGACAUUGAAGAUCUGUGCCAACCACUUGGUCCAGCCCGACUACGAAUUGAAACCCAACAUUGGCUCCGACAGAUCGUGGGUGUACACGGUCGCUGCUGAUGUUUCUGAGGGCGAGCCAGAGGCGCAGACGUUGGCCAUCAGAUUCGGCAACAAGGAGAACGCCGACAAGUUCAAGGAGCAUUUCGACAAGGCGAAAGAGGAGGCCAAAUGA